AUGUCCGGAUCGAUGCAUAGUCAAAAAGCCCUCAGUUGUUGCUCUUUGGGUGUCCUGAUGCGACGAAGAACGAACCUGAAGAUAUUGAUUGAUAGCAUGAAGAAACGGAAGAUGGAUUCGUGUAGCUGGUGCACAUUUUCAGAAGAGAUUUUUCUAUCAAUCUGUGACGACUUGUCCUCUGAAUAAUAGUCAAAUGCGUAACUGCUUCUGGUGCUGGCCG